AUGGUACAAGUGGUAGCCCCGUCCAGGAGAACUGAUCCAGUUGGGCUAUUAUGCAACCGCAAAGAUCGCUUCUCUAUGAGGGUGUCUAGGCUGCUGGAUUGCUCUUCGCCCAAAUCAAUGUGGUUUCUUUGGAACAUUUUCAGCAAAGGAUCGCAUAUGCUGCAGUGUCUUUGUGGCAAGAGUCUUAAGAAAAACAAGAACCCAAGUGAUCCCCAGCUGAAGGGUAUAGUGACCAGGUUGUAUUGCAGGCAGGGAUACUACUUACAGAUGAACCCAGAUGGGUGUUUGGACGGGACCAAAGAUGACAGUACUAAUUCCUCAUUAUUCAACCUCAUCCCAGUGGGUCUCCGAGUCGUCGCCAUCCAGUCAGUGAAGACGGGGUUAUACAUUGCUAUGAAUGGGGAGGGGCAUCUCUACACAUCGGAACUGUUCACGCCAGAGUGCAAGUUCAAAGAGUCUGUGUUUGAGAAUUACUAUGUGAUUUAUUCAUCGAUGCUGUACAGACAGCAGGAGUCAGGUCGAGCCUGGUUUCUGGGCCUCAAUAAGGAAGGCCAACCGAUGAAAGGUAACCGAGUGAAAAAGACCAAACCAGCUGCUCACUUCCUGCCUAAACCAAUAGAGGUUGCCAUGUAUCGCGAGCCCUCUCUGCACGACGUGGGAGAGGCCAUUCCGAAGGCCAGCGUCCCACACAGCAAAAGCACAAGCGAACCGGUGGUCAUGAACGGUGGGAAACCUGUCAGUAAGCCUGACAGCAAGGAGACAUAG